AUGGACUCCAUAUUUGCUCAAAUAAUCCUGCGCCUCGGAGCCGAGGAGACGAAAUCCCAGCUUGGUUUCGGUGAUAGGAAUGUUCACGAUCACGUGGAGAGAAUAUUCCGCCAAAUGGAUCAAGAUCGUGACGGGGUCGUGAGCCUGGAUGAAUUUCUCGCUGCUUGCAUGAAGGUGCGUGACGUCAUUUCCUCAAAUUCGCUCUGGUUUGCCCAAGCGUUCGUUAACGAUGCUGCAGUUUUCAUGGAAUGACGAAAACGUGAAGGAAUCGCUCAACGUCUUCAGCGACCAUGUGUGAAGCCUGUGAUAUUUACCGAUUUGACGGCGAGCGGGACACAGUCCGCUACCUUCUCCCUCCAUUCGGAGCAGGCUGUGGACAAAUACGUGCAGCCCUGGAGAGCAUCUGAAGAUUAUGACGGAUCCUGCGGAACCAAGGGGUUCGUCACUGGACGCGGACAGAAUGGAGCAUUUCGCCUACGCAGUUUAUCAAGAACUGUUCCCCGAAUGGUGGGUGUCUUCUUCUUGGACAACGGCUAUCUGGAACAGACCCGAAGCUCGGGUUCGACACGUACUGCGAACCCCGUGCAGACAUUUCCAGGCCCGGAAGGCUUCCAGCUUUUCGGCAGAAGAAUCUGGAUGGCUGUGCCCGGGCACCGACCUGCUCCUUCCGCGCAUCGAGAACGAGAAUUGCGGUCAAAGCGCUUUUCCUUCAUGCUUAUCGGAAUUCGCGGAAAGAAAGCCAUGAUUCUUGGGGAUAUCGAGCUUCUUCAUAAUGCCCUGGACGAUGGCAAGCUGGUGAAAAUGGCAACAAGGAAAACAGUGGCGGACGGACAGAGUUCGCUGACCGGGAGGCUGGAAAACUCGGUCAGCUUCUGA